AUGACUUCAUCGCACAGAGUGAAGGCAAAUGCCCUCGUUCUACCAAAUAUCACGGUGCGGUUACCACAAACCGCCACGGAUCCUCGAAAUUGGUCUGUCCCAGAUCAUGUGGAUUUGGCAGAUCCAACGUUUGCGAUACCUGGCGACAUCGAUGUAAUUCUGGGUAGCGCACAUUUCUUCCGCUUACUACGUUAUGGUUCCAUCACGAUCGGUGACCAGCUGCCGACGCUGCAGCGGACAGAAUUUGGCUGGGUAGUUUCGGGCGGCUGCACACUGUUCAACCAUGAUCAUUCGGAUCCACGGACCUGCCAUUUCAGCACUGAGUCCUCGCUCGAGGAAUUCGUACAUCGUUUCUGGUCCUUGGAAGAACUACACGACACCAAAGGAUGGUCGCCUUCCGAGCGGUUCUGCGAAAAGCACUUCGUCGAGAACACCACACGCAAUCCGGACGGGCGAUACGUAGUAAGGCUUCCAAAACGGGAAGAACUUCUUUGGCAACUGGACAGCAACCACUACAACGCCACCCGUCGCUUCUACGCUCUGGAAAGAUCCCUGUCGAGGGACACGGAGAAGAAGGCGAUGUAUUUUCGAUUCAUCCAGCAGUACGUGUCGUUGGGACAUAUGCGAGCGGUCACAGCCGAAGAACUGGACGUCAAACCCCAGUACGUUUUGCCUCAUCACGCGGUGAUGAAACCAGAGAGCACGACUACGAAGUUGCGCACGGUAUUCGAUGCUUCCUGUCGGUCAAGAACCGGACUUUCGCUCAACGACAUACUGAUAGCUGGACCUACUAUCCAAGACGACAUCGUGUGCUUGAUUUUACGUUUCCGCAUGUACCGUUUCGUUGUGUCUGCUGACAUAGAGAAAAUGUUCCGGCAAAUUCUGGUGCAUCCGAGCGAUCAACCACUACUACGGAUCCUCUGGCGUGGCGACAAGGAUUCGCCACUAACGACAUUCCAGCUUCUCACCGUUACGUACGGUACCAAUAGCGCUCCAUUUCUGGCGGCUCGUACAUUGCAGAAGCUCGCCGAUGAUGAAGAAUCUCGCUUCCCACUGGCCGCACAAGUCGUUCGCAACGAUUUCUACGUCGACAAUCUGCUCACUGGGGCAGAUAAUAUUUCGGAUCUGAUCGUCGUGUGUGAUCAGCUGAUUCAAAUCAUGAGUGCAGGUGGCAUGUCGCUUCGUCAAUGGUCGUCGAAUAGCCAAGAGAUCCUUGACACCAUUCCCGUUGACCUUCGUGAAACAGAACUGGAUCGGGAAAGUUUUGUUACUGAUUUGGGGCUCCGUUGGGAGCCAUCUACGGACCUUCUCUCCUUCAAGCAACCGAAGUGGGUCGGCUGCGAACGGUUGACGAAACGCAUUAUACUUUCGUUUAUUAGUAGCCUGUUUGACCCGCUGGGUUUGAUUGGUCCGUUCAUCGUCAAGUUGAAGAUUUUGCUGCAGAUGUUGUGGAAGCUGCAGCUGGACUGGGACAUUGAGGUACCAGCUGGAUUCGCACGGGCUUGGUCAAAGCUUCAACAGAGCAUACACCUACUCAGCCAACUGAAGAUUCAUCGACAAGUUGUAGAAACGAAUGCCCAACUGGAGAUUCACGGUUUUUGUGACGCUUCGCUAGACGCUUACGGAGCUUGCCUUUAUCUCCGAUCAGUUUCGACAGGCGUUUCGGUCGCAGUACACCUCGUCACCGCAAAAUCGAAGGUCGCUCCACUUGGGAGCCAAUCUAUACCGAGACUCGAACUGUGUGCUGCACUCCUACUGGCCCAUCUCCUCACGAAGUUCUCUAACAGCGUCGAUAUCAACUGCAAGGUUUACCUCUGGUCUGACUCGACGAUCGUCCUGAACUGGCUUGCAGCAACACCGUCGACCUGGGAAGUUUACGUCGCAAACCGUGUAGCUGAAAUACAGGAACUGACCGCACAUGCCUGCUGGCACCAUGUUGCCUCCGGCGACAAUCCCGCUGAUCUAAUCUCCCGUGGCACUACGCUCGAUGUUCUUCUUGACAAUUUGCUAUGGUGGCAUGGCGCGCCUUGGCUGUCGAAAGCUGAAGAAGAAUGGCCACAAUCGUCGUUUGCAUCAAUACCCGCUUUCGAGAUGGAAAGACGCAAGGUUGUCGCACUUCCAGUCGUCGUAGAAGACGCCGACGUCAUCGAUCGCUACUCCAGUCUCAGUCGACUCCUUCGCGUUUCUUCGUGGUGUCAUCGUUUCGUGGAAAACAUUCGGCGAAAGGCACAAGGACAGCAAGCGCAAAGUGGACCCCUAAUGCCGGAAGAAAUCGACUGUACACUGAUGCGGUUGGUUCAAAGGGUGCAGCAGCAGCAUUUCCCCUCCGAAUACCGCCGUCUGGCCAACAACCAACAAGUUGACCGCCGAUCCAGGCUUAGAUUUCUCCACCCGCGGCUGGUUGAUGGUCUUAUUCGUCUUGGCGGCCGGUUACACAAUGCGCACAUUGCGGUAGACGUGAAGCACCCUGUUCUCCUGCCUCCGAAACAUAGGCUCACCAUCCUCAUAGCCAGACAGGCGCAUCUUAAUACACAUCACGGUGGACCUGAACUACUGUUAUCCACCCUUCGCCGAAGAUUUUGGCCUCUUGGCGGCCGGAAUCUGGUCCGCAAAGUUUACCAUGAUUGCUUCACCUGCACAAGGAUGAGACCAUCACCACUGCAACAGUUGAUGGGGGACCUUCCUGCUGUACGAGUGCAUCAAGCGUACCCGUUCCAAAACGUUGGAAUCGACUACGCGGGUCCUGUUUACGUUCGAACUGCGAAUACCCGACGAACCGUACUGGUCAAGGGAUACAUUGCAGUAUUUGUCUGCCUCGCUACAAAGGCCGUUCAUUUGGAACUGGUCAACAGCCUCACAACGGAAGCAUUUAUUGCCUGUCUACGCCGGUUCAUCGGUCGUCGUGGCAAGCCCUCCAACAUCUAUUGCGAUAACGCACAGACAUUCGUCGGUGCUCACCGGGAGCUGGAAGAACUUCGACGUAGAUUCGUGUCUCAGCAACACCGAGAAGCAGUAAGCAAUACAUUUGCUGAAGACGGAGUACACUUCCACUUCAUCCCUCCACGAUCUCCCAAUUUUGGAGGAAUAUGGGAAGCCUGCGUGAAGUCCACCAAGAAUCUGCUCCGCAAGAUAAUGGGAAACGCACACUUCACCGAGUCGGAGUUCAUUACUGCAUUGAUUCAAGUCGAAGCUCAGUUAAACUCGCGGCCAAUUACACCGUUGCCGAACAGUCCGGAUGACCAACUGGCCCUUACACCGGGACAUUUCCUGGCGGGUAGACCACUAAAUGCCACACCGGAACCCGAUCUAUCUGAGGUUCCAGAGAAUCGGUUAUCCAGAUGGAGAAGAGUGCAGAAAGUGACGCGCAAUUUUUGGAAUCGUUGGCAUAACGAGUAUCUGCAAACGUUGCAGAAACGCUACCGUUGGACAGAAGAACUGGACAACGUUAUGGUUGGUUCGAUCGUUGCACUCAAGGACGAGAAGCUACCACCACAGAAGUGGUCACUUGGUCGGAUUUUGACAAUAAGACCUGGCCACGAUGGUUUAGUUCGAGUAGCAACAGUACGAACAAGCUCCGGGACGUCAGAUCGUGCAGUAUCUAAGCUGUGUCUACUUCCAACGGAAAUUGAUCCGGUGAGAAUUCGCCUUCGCCCGCUCGAUCCUGCGUUCAAUAAUCGAUCGGCAUCUUCAAUGGGAGCCGAUCAACGAGAAUGA